AAAUUUCCCUUAAUAAAAUGGCAUAUUUCAAACUUUUCCAAAAAAAAAAAAUACAAAAAAUAUUAGAGCGGACUCAUCAAUUGACUACCGGCACGUCACUGCGGUAGUGCUCCCACAGCCGCCUCCCCAUCUUUGACACACUUACCUUUCAUAUUCCGUGUACUCUCUGUAACACUUAGCACUGUUUCUAUUUGUUACCUAAACAGGCAGCUGUAGCAGAGAGCAGCGAGGUGUAGAGAGAGAGAGGUUCUCAUGGAAAAGCCCCAAGACCCCCUGCGGCAACGCCAUGGCGGCGGUGGAACAAUAAUCGCAUCCUGUGCUCUCGCUGCUGGCUUCAUAAUCCUUGUCUCCGUCGUCCUAACAGUCGUCUUCUUCGUCCUCUUCCGGCCGCGCGAUCCCGAGAUCCACAUCUCCGCCAUCAAUCUCCCACAGUUCGCUUCCGUCAAUGGCACGGCGAGCUUCUACUUUGCGCAGUACGCAGCAGUACGGAACCCUAAUCGCGCCGCCUUAUCUCAUUACGACAGCUCGCUCCAGGUUCUCUACGCUGGCGGCCAGAUCGGGUUCAUGUACAUUCCUGCGGGCGAGAUCGCCGGCGGCCAGACGGUGUACAUGUCGGCGAGCUUUCCCAUCAAGUCAUUUCCCCUUGUUGCGGCUACAGGGGGGAUAGUAGAGGUGCAAUCGAGGAUGAGGAUGAAGGGUAGGGUUAGGGUUUUGAUUUACUUCACGCACCACAUUGAUGCAGCAAGUGAAUGCCACGUUGGUUUCUCUUCCACCGACGGAUCGGUUCUUGGCUACCGGUGUUGAUAGUCCGUCGGAUCCUCUUGGACGAAUACGAUCGGGUGAUGGCAAGUAAUUAGGGUUUGUAAAUGAGUGUAGGGUAAAAUAAUUAAAGGGAAAUGAUAUUAUAUGAUCGUACGGCUGAUAUUUUGUGCUUUUAAGAGUAGCUUGUCUUGAAUUUUUUUGAGCGCUUAAUAUAUGCAUGUAAUUAUUUUGAAUAUUAUAUGAAUAGAGAUAAUUGGUUA